AUGGCAAAGGUCAUUUUCACAGCUUGGAAAACCAAGUCUCAGUUGCUGGAAGUACGGAAUGAGUUUUAUCCUCCGUCUGCGUACGCUGGACCGGAUUUGCGUUCCCAUGGCUGUGCAGUGGUCGAAGCUUGGAAGCUACGCGGCAAUGUACCGCACCAUGUUGAAGCCACAGCGUUGUUGACAGAUGCUAUUCUGCACGAUGAUGCUCAGAGAAAUUCCAUCUUCUCAAUCCGUGCUACAUAUUCCGCGGCUUUUUGUCGCUUUGUCACAGGUCUCGUGGACACCAAGAUCCACGGCGUUCGCCGAACAAUGUUCCAGCGCGCCACAGACCUAGGUCUCCCAGCCUCCUUCGUGGAACUCCGCCACGAAGCAACCCACCGCGAGCCGCCGUCGCUUGUCGUACUGCGCAAAGCUGCACAGCGCUCGCUCGAGUGGCUGUGGGACAAUUACUGGGCCAGUGUUGGUGAUGACUCCGGUGCGCCUGCACUAACCCAUGACGACGAUGCGUCUGUAAGGGCCGCCUUGUGCGACGCUCUACAGCCUCUUUCCGGUGGAUCGGCGGAUCCUGUACCCAAGAAGCGGAAGCGGGAUCAGGCUAUCUCGGUCGCUGUGCGGCUUGUCUCAGUUUGUAAUGUUUCGGGGGCUGGGGUCAGGCUUUUGUCUUCUGUCUUGCUUGAGAGGGGAUUCUUGGUGCCUAAUGGGCGGGAGUGA